AUGCCUCCAAAGAAGUUUCAAACUCUGGAUGAUUUUAUCGAUCAGCAACCAGCUGAUCCAAGCAUGGUCAAAUCACCAUUCGGUGGUUAUUUUAAGAAAAAUAACAACAAUUAUCAACAACAACGUAAUUUGAACCAAGGGAGUAACUACCAAAACAACUAUAAUCAAGGUGGUAACUACCAAAACAACUACAAUCAAGGUGGUAACUACCAAAACAACUACAACCAAGGUGGUAACUACCAAAAUAACUAUAACCAAGGUGGUAACUACCAAAACUACAAUCAAGGUAGCACCUAUCAAAACUAUAAGCAAAAUAAUUACGUUCCUGCUACUACUACACCAAAUACUAGUAACACCCCAACACCAUCAGCCUCUACUGCCUCUUUGACAUCAUUGAACACUUCAAUCUCUAAUCUAAAUUUAAAUGUUACUCCAGUCACCAAUUACCUAUUAAAGAUGACUGAAGCCUCAAACAUCACUGAAUGUAAGACACUAAUAAAAUCCAUUGUUGAUGAAUUCAAUAGUGAAAAUUCUUCUAUGAAGAAUGUCGAAGAUUGGGGUAUCCAUGAUGUAAUCAAUAAAUUAAUUAAGCCAAAGAACCCAGCUUUAAUCAAAGAGUCUGCAUACUUACUUGUUUCCAAUUUGGCCCAAAACUGUAUUAACAAAUCUCCUCAAGAGGCAUACUUGCUACCAUUUUUCAGUUUAGCUCUGGAUGGUACCGCUGAAAAAGAUAACACUGUAAAGCGUGCCGCUCAACAUGCCAUUGAUGCAUUAUUAAACACUUUCCCGGUUGAAUCAUUAGCUACAAACGUCCUUCCUGUUAUCCUAGAAUACUUAUCUUCUGGUGCUAAGUGGCAAUCAAAAAUUGCUGCCCUAGCUAUUGUUGAUAGAAUUAGAGAAGACUCUCCAAACGAUUUGUUAGAAUUGACGUUUAGACAAACUGUACCAAUCCUUACUGAUGUCUCCACAGAUUUCAAACCAGAACUUGCUAAGCAAGGUCACCAAACAUUAUUGGAUUUUGUCUCUAUUUUGGAUAACUUAGAUCUUUCUCCACGUUUUAAAUUAAUUGUUGAUACAUUACAAAACCCUCAAAAAGUUCCAGAAUCUGUCAAGGCGCUGUCCAGUGUUACCUUUGUUGCUGAAGUUACUGAAUCAUCUUUGUCAUUAUUAGUUCCAAUUUUGAACAGAUCCUUAAACCUAUCAUCUUCAUCUCAGGAACAAUUGAGACAAACAGUUAUCGUCAUUGAAAAUUUGACCAGAUUAGUUAACAACAGAGUUGAAAUUGAAAGUUUUGUCCCAUUAUUGUUGCCUGGUAUCGAGAAAGUUGUCAACACUGCUUCUCUUCCAGAAGUUAGAGAAUUAGCCCAAAAGGCACUAGUUGUCCUAAAGGGUGACGAUGGGGAAACAUCCGGAAAGUCUAACAAUGGUCCUGUAAGAUUAACAAGCGAUGAUGCUAAGAAGUUCCUAUUGGAUAACUUGACAAAGGUGUCUGCCGAAGGGGACUUCCUAUUGAGACCAUUCCUAGAAGAUAUUAAAAGCAACAAGGAAACAGUUAUCACUGAAUACUUAACCAAUUUUAUUACCGGUGUUGCUAACGUUAAUGACUGGAAGAGACUAGAAGAAUACUUCAACUCUAUCCUUGGUGAUGCUAAUAAGGAUGUUGUUGCUAACGACUUUAUUGCUUCAAUCAGAGGUAUUUUCCAUCAAGAAAAGGUCAAACACGACGAAAAUGAGGGUAUUGAAAUCGUCAACACUGAUUUCUCCUUAGCUUACGGUUCUCGUAUGUUAUUAAAUAAGACCAAUCUACGUCUAUUGAAGGGUCACAGAUACGGUCUUUGUGGUAGAAACGGUGCUGGUAAAUCAACGUUAAUGAGAGCCAUUGCCAAUGGUCAAUUGGAUGGUUUCCCAGAUAAGGAUACCUUACGUACCUGUUUUGUCGAACACAAACUGCAAGGUGAGGAAGGUAACUUAGAUUUGGUUUCUUUCAUUGCUUUAGAUGAAGAAUUACAAGCUACUUCUCGUGAAGAAAUAUCUGCAGCUUUGGAAUCUGUCGGUUUUGACGAUGAAAGGAGAGCUCAAACUGUUGGUUCUCUGUCUGGUGGUUGGAAGAUGAAAUUGGAAUUAGCUAGAGCAAUGCUGCAAAAAGCUGAUAUUUUACUAUUAGAUGAACCUACCAAUCAUUUGGAUGUAUCCAACGUUAAAUGGUUAGAAGAAUACUUGUUAGAACAUACCAAUAUUACUUCUUUAAUUGUUUCUCACGACUCAGGAUUUUUGGAUACCGUAUGUACAGACAUUAUUCAUUAUGAAAACAAAAAACUAGCUUAUUACAAGGGUAACUUGGCUGCAUUUGUUGAACAAAAGCCAGAAGCUAAGGCUUACUACACCUUGACUGACUCAAAUGCCCAAAUGCACUUCCCACCACCUGGUAUCUUGACUGGUAUCAAGUCCAGAACAAAGGCUGUUGCAAAGCUGACUGAUGUCACCUUCACCUAUCCAGGUGGUACUAAGACAUCAUUAGCUCAUGUCUCAUGUGCUCUAUCUUUGUCCUCCCGUGUUGCUGUUCUUGGUCCAAAUGGUGCUGGUAAAUCUACUUUAAUCAAACUUUUGACCGGUGAAUUAGUUCCUCAAGAAGGUAAAGUUGAAAAGCAUCCAAACUUGCGUAUUGGUUACAUUGCCCAACAUGCUCUACAACACGUUAACGAGCACAAGGAGAAAACUGCUAACCAGUACUUACAAUGGCGUUACCAAUUUGGUGAUGAUCGUGAAGUUUUAUUGAAAGAAUCCAGAAAGAUUUCUGAAGAAGAAAAGGAAAUGAUGACCAAGGAGAUUGAUGUUGAUGAUGGUAGAGGUGCUAGAGCUAUCGAAGCCAUUGUCGGUAGACAAAAAUUAAAGAAAUCCUUCCAAUACGAAGUUAAAUGGAAAUGGUGGAAACCAAAAUACAAUUCUUGGGUUCCAAGAGACGUCUUAAUCGGCCACGGUUUCGAAAAAUUGGUACAAAAAUUUGAUGAUCACGAAGCCUCAAGAGAAGGUUUAGGUUAUCGUGAAUUAAUUCCAUCCGUUAUUACUAAGCAUUUUGAAGAUGUCGGUCUAGACUCUGAAAUUGCCAACCAUACCCCAUUAGGUUCCUUAUCUGGUGGUCAAUUAGUUAAGGUUGUUAUUGCAGGUGCUAUGUGGAACAAUCCACAUCUGUUGGUUCUUGAUGAACCUACCAAUUAUCUAGACAGAGAUUCAUUGGGUGCUUUGGCCGUUGCUAUCCGUGAUUGGACUGGUGGUGUUGUCAUGAUUUCACAUAACAAUGAGUUCGUUGGUGCUUUAUGCCCAGAACAAUGGAUUGUGGAGAAUGGUACUAUGGUUCAAAAGGGUAUUAACCAAAUUGACCAAAGUAGAUUUGAGGAUGGUGGUAAUACCAACGCUGUUGGUAUUAAGGCUGACCAAAUGAUUAGUCCAUCUGUCGAUGAUGAUGAUUCUCCUGCUAAUAUCAAGGUUAGACAAAGAAAGAAGAAGAUGACUAGAAACGAAAAGAAAUUACAAGCCGAACGUCGUCGUCUACGUUACAUCGAAUGGUUAUCCUCUCCAAAGGGUACUCCAAAACCAGUUGAUACUGACGACGAAGAUGAGGAUUAG